CAAGAGAUCGACGGAGUUAGAAGCAAGAGAUCGGUCUACCAUGGACAUGCGGGCGGCCCGCGGCGGCGGAGCAGGAAAUGCGCAGGCCCGGCGGCCGUGCCGGUACAGGGGCGUGAGGCGGCGGCAGUGGGGGAAGUGGGUGUCGGAGAUCCGGGUGCCCGGCACGCGCGAGCGGCUGUGGCUCGGCUCCUACGCCACCGCCGAGGCGGCCGCCGUCGCGCACGACGCCGCCGUCUGCCUCCUCCGCCGCGGCGCCGCCGGCGGCCUCAACUUCCCUGGCCGCGCCGCAGCCUACGGCCACGUCCUCCGACUGGCGCCGCGGGGCGCGGGCCAGCAGCUGUCGCCGCGCUCGGUGCAGCGUGUGGCGUCCGACGCCGGCAUGUCAGCCGACGCGCAGCUGGUCGAGCUGCGCGAGCGCGUCCCCGCGCCGCCGAGCCAGGAGGUGGCGGCCUCCGCCGGCAUUGGCGCCGCCGCGCGAGGUGGCGCAGUUGCAGAAGAGCAAGUGGCAUAUGCGGAUUGGAGGAGCUGGAGCAGCACUGGUAGCGAGCAGCUUGUGUACGGGGAGCUGAGCGUAGACGACAUGGAGAUCGUGACGUUGUAGUCAAUCUUGAUCAUCGUCGAAAUUUGUAGAGACCAGUACAAAGAUUCAGCAUAGUAUACGCCUGCUAAUAGAGCAGUGGUAUAGUACUCCUUCUCAUCAAGAUGAUAUCAGCAACAACACAAUGUUGAUACGAAGAGGACACAUACUAUCAAAGUAUUAUUAUAAAUUGAACCAAAACAACAUCAACUUGG